AUGAAGGAAGAUAAAUCAGAAUUGACUCAUAUUGAAGACGAGGUUGAGAUGGAAGGUGAAGAAGCAAUUACGAACAAAUCUGCAAUAGCCGACCCAAUCUUUGGAGGAAAGCUUUUGGAAAGGUGUCUUAAGCUUGUAAAAAAAGUUCAAGAAUAUGAAAAGGAAGAGAGAAAGGAAAAAGGAAGCAAGAAGACUAGAUAUAUACGUAGAGGAGUACACGAAGUUACAAAAAGCAUACGUAAGGGUCAGAAAGGGCUUGUUUUAAUAGCCUGUGAUAUUCAUCCAGUGGAUAUUAUUGCACAUAUUCCGAUUUUGUGUGAAGAAAAAAAUAUUUACUAUGGAUAUCUUGGAAGUAAAAAGACCUUGGGGACUAUAUGUAAAUCAAAGAGACCAGCUAGUGUACUAAUGAUUUCAUUUAACAACGAAAGUUCUGUUCAAGAUAAACCGUUUUAUAGCAUUUAUAGCAAAGUUAUCUCAAAUAUUAAAAAGGUGCAUCCAUACAUAUAA